GCAUAUAAAGAGCCCCGUCGGGUCGUUCACACUGUUGUGUUCGUUUCACACGACUCUCGUCAAGGGUGCCCUGCCAACUAUUUGCAAGCAAACUUCUUAGAAAGCUGCAGCUGUCCGUUCACGAUGUCUUCGGAAACCUUCUCCCAUCAGGUCCCUAUUAAUGGGACUAUUCAAACCAAAGUUCUCCCUGGAAAUCAAACGAAUCUGUACUAUAUUUUGGUUUCGAACUUACCAUGGCAAACGUCUUGGCAACAGCUGAAAGACCAUGUGCGAACAGUGGCUACGGCUGAGAGGGUCGAAGUGUUCAACGAGAGCACGUCCGGCUGGGUCUUGGUUCGUGGCCGAGAAAAUUUUGAUGCCGCUCUUCGUCUUCUUGACGGAGGUGUUUUCAACGGGCGUCCUCUUUUUGCAGAGGGCAAAAAUGCUACGGAGUCGAUCAUGAUUCGAGAGCCCGUAGGGACCUCUACAACCAACGGCUCUGCUUCAUCGAGGACGCCUCAAACGCCAAGAUAUAAAACAUCUCCUUCAACUCAAUACUCAGCUAGCACACCACCAUUGUUAUGUUCACCAGUUCCUACAAGCUACGGGGAGUGGACGUCUCCUACGUCGAAUUCAUCAUAUGCUACUGCUUCUACAACUUAUUCCAUGCCAGUCACUAUGCCAUAUGAUUACAACGACGCGCCCAGCUGCUUUGCCUACGACACAUCAGGUGGCAGCUACGUGGACCAGACAGCUAUGGUUUCGUCACCGACAAUGGUACAAUAUCCUUUCGAGACAGGAUAUCCACAACAAUGCCAAGUAGGCGAGUACCAGAACAAUGCGUAUGCCAUGUACAGCACUAUGCCUGCUCCACUGGCCAAGACAACGAGAAUGGGCGAUUCUUCUAAUGCUAUGGUUCCUACGAGGCAACGCAAGAUUAUCAUCAAGCAGCUUCAGCCCUGGGUCAAUUUCCACCAGGUACAUGAUCUCAUUCGCAAAAAAGCCGGAUCCGAAGCUGAUAAAGUUCAACAUAUUGACCUGCCCCUAACGGACAGCCAAGAAUCGAACAGAGGCUACGCUCUAAUCACGUUUCAAAGCGAAGAAGCGGCCAAUAAACUAAUCCGAAGACUCAAUGGGUGCAAGUUCGAAGGGCGAGAGCUAAAGGCCGAUUAUACCAAAGAGGGAGUGUCAGAAAAUGAGACUAGUCGCUCACGGACCUCCGGGCAUAAGGAACAUAAGGAACGGCGGGACGAUAGGGAGAAAAGGGAGAAAAGGGAUAGUACCCGAGGGUCAAAUUCAAAUGAAAAGAAGAGCAAGUCUCACAAAUCAACCGUCGUUAUCGCAGAUGGUUCUUCCCCGACCUCAUCAAGGAGGUCUGACCCAAAAGAGAAGCCAAGCAAGCGACAUUAAGCUUACCGGGCCAAUACAAACCGAAUUAGUUGGAUAUUCUAGGUCCAACAUAGUACACUCCUGUGGAUUUACGAAAAUCUCUCUUUCUUUCGGACAAGAGGAUCUAUCAGCGUUUGGUGA